AUGUAUCUCCAGCCAUGCACUCCGUCCGCUGGAGGCAGCCGAAGGAGCUACAGCUCCUGCUCUGCCAUUGGUGCCGGUGGAGGAGGUGGGGGCAGAGUCAGGCAUAGCUACAGCUCCUAUUCCUCCAGGGGCUUUGGAGGGGGCGGACGCUGUGCAGGGUUUGGCAGCAGGAGUUUGCAUAAUCUAGGCGGUGGUACCAGGAUUUCUUACGGUGGAGGAUUUGGGUGCAGAGGUGGUGGCUUUGGUGGUGGGUUCGGCGGCUAUGGAGGUGGACCGUGUGGCUUCGGAGGUGGAGCGGGCGGCUAUGGAGGUGGAGCGGGCGGCUUUGGAGGUGUACCGUGUGGCUUUGGCGGAGGAGCGGGCGGCUUUGGCGGAGGAGCGGGCGGCUUUGGCGGAGGAGCGGGCGGCUUUGGCGGACCUGGCUUCGGACCUGGCUUCGGGCCUGGCUUUGGACCUGGCAGACCUGCAGGCAUCCAGCCCGUUCACGUUGACCCAAGCCUACUGCAGCCGGUCAAUGUGGAUAUUGACCCCCAUAUCCAACAAGUGAAAACUCAUGAGAAGGAGCAGAUCAAAGUCCUCAACAACCAGUUUGCAAGCUUCAUCGACAAGGUCCGGUUCUUGGAACAACAAAAUAAAGUUCUGGUCACCAAGUGGGAACUCUUACAACAGCAAGGCGGAGUAAUUAUUAAGAAGGACUUAUCACCCUUGUUUGAGAAUUUUAUCCAAACCUUGAGGAGGAAGCUAGAGGGACUCCAGAAUCAGAGAGGACAAUUGCAGUCGGAACUGGAGAACAUGCAGCAGUAUGUUGAGGACUACAAGCGCAAGUAUGAAGAAGAAAUCAACAAGCGCACAGCUGCUGAGAACGACUUUGUGGUGCUCAAGAAGGAUGUGGAUAAUGCCUACAUGGUUAAAGUAGAGUUGGAAACAAAGGUGAAUGCUCUGAUUGAUGAAAUCAACUUCCUGAGAUAUAUAUUUGAGGAGGAAUUAUCUCAGUUGCAGACGAUCAGUCGUGACUUGUCAGUGGUUGUAUCCAUGGAUAACAACAGACAUCUAGAUUUGGACGGCAUCAUUCAGGAAGUCCGAAAUCAAUAUGAGGUGAUCGCUCAGAGAAGCAGAGCUGAGGCAGAGGCUUGGUACCAGUCUAGGUACGAAGAGCUGCAGAGCACAGCUGGAAGACACGGCGACAGCUUGCGCAACACCAAGACUGAGAUCCAAGAGCUAACGAGGGCUAUCCAGAGACUGCGGGCUGAAAUUGAAAGUGUGAAGAAGCAGAUCACACAGCUGCAGGCUGCCAUCGCCGAGGCAGAGGAGAAGGGCGAGCUGGCCCUCACGGAUGCUAGGAGAAAACUGGACGAGCUGGAACGUGCCCUGCAGAAAGACAAGGCGGAUCUGGCGAACUUAUUGAAAGAGUACCAGGAGCUGCUGAAUGUCAAACUUGCCCUGGAUAUCGAGAUUGCCAUGUACAGGAAACUGCUGGAAGGAGAGGAGACCAGGAUAGCCGGAGGUGGCCAUGUGAAUGUCUCUGUCAUUGGUGGAGGUGGAGGUGGAGGAGUCAUCGGGGGUGGAUUCGGCGGCGGAAGCGGAGGCGGCAUCUGUGGUGGUGGAUUCGGUGGAGGAUUCGGCGGCGGAAGCGGAGGAGUGAUCUGUGGCGGUGGAUUGGGUGGAGGCGGAGGAUUCAGCAGCGGAAGCGGAGUUGUCGUCUGUGGUGGUGGAUACGGCGGCAGAACCGUUGGAGGUGGUGGCUUCUCUUCUGGAAGCGGAAGAGGCUACGGAGGUGGCGGCAUCUGCUCCAGCGGCGGUUCCUCCUCGGUCGUACGGCGAUGCACCACGUCUUUCUCCUCCAAAUCCGGUUCGGGAGGGUACUGAGCACUGGAGCCAGGCCCCAGAAAGAAAGAAGCAUCUUUUUAUCUUCAAAUGGCAGCAGCACAGCCCACCUAACCCAACUCUGGUAUCCAGAAAAGAAACGAACUGUAUCCCUUACAGCCCACACCCUCGAAACACCACCUGAUCCCGACCGCAUCUUCCCCGAAAGGAGGGCGGGAGCAACACGUCAUCCUGGCAGCAACACCUGCAGGAUUUAAACCAAACGUCCGUGUCAGUUGAAAUGCACCCACCAAUUAAAUGUUAUAAGACCUUCUAAAGUAAUGCAUCACCUGAUUUAGAGGAGGGAGACCUCUGCCCCCCUGGGUGUGCUGUAGAUUUUUAGCUGUUGUGGCUGUCAAGGGGUAAUAUGUAUAAAACUCAACUUUCCUCUUCUUUUCCUAGCGCUCCUUCCGAAAUGGCUGUUUUCUUGGGUGCUAUUGCAUUUCCUGUGCCUUGCGUCUCCUGUUUGCGUGCUUUACAAAUAGGUCAGAGUUGCGGUAAAUGUGGGGAAAAAUUAUAAUCCACCUUCAGCUGAGUCGAGGAGUUAGAAAUGUUUGUGUGGCUAGCUAGACACGAUAGGCUUCCCCCUUAAGGAACGACUAGGCAGGUUUGUUAUUUUGGGUAUCCAAAGACAGGCUGUAACCACCGUUCACCAUAAACAAGUGGGUACCAAUUCCACUCGUCCUCCAUCCUCCUGUAGUUGCACCCGAUU